ACAAACUCUUGAAAUCUCAAACUGAUUGUCGACGACCAGAAGUCACUCAGAACCGUCUCUCUUCUUAAAUCAGACACGCAGUUAUCUGUAAUCUACAUUACUGAUCAAGCAUAGAACACGACCGGUAUACACAGCGCCCAGCACAUGAGAUGACGAGCGUUAAUCAGACUCUCAGGUUCUACGACCUCUGUCGGCAGGCUGCAGAGCGGAAGGGAGUCCGCUGCUCGCUGGAUGCGCCUCCUGCGCCUGUCUCGGGGACAGAGAGCGACAGUACAUCAGUCGAGAGCGAGAAAGGACGGAAGAAGCAGGAUCCGUUUACGGCUGAAGCUCGGCAGACUUAUAACCACAUCAUCUCGCUCCAGUCGUACCUGGCCACCAUCCGUCCUUCCUAUCUGAACGUGUCAACCCACGGCAUGCUUUCCUCAUACAGCUCGAGCGCGGGAUCGGCCUCUCUGCGCUCGUCAAACAGAGCGCUGACCAACGCCCAACGCGACGAGAUCGACUACGAAUCCCGGCUGAUAAUCCAGCGCUGCACGAACCGAGUACGUGAUCUCGAGAACUUGGCUGCGCAGGCCGCGAAAGCGGAUGCACAGAUGACAGGGCCGACGUCGGUGAAGGCAUCUCUCGCGAGGUUGUUCAUCAAGGACGAUGAGGACGCAGGAGGGCGGAAGACGCUGGCGAUGCAUAGAAGAGGGAUGACGCAGAUGCUAAACAAAUUACUGAAAGAGGUCUCGGAGAUGCAGACUGAGUUGCAAGAAGUGCGGUUAUCGCGCGACAAUGAAAAGGCAAAGAGUAUGCUCAACAGCCGUGCUGCGGGGGGUACCUACGGCGGCGGCGCGUCUUCUCUAAGCGAGCAGAAUGCCGGCCAACAGACGGCGAUUACGAUGCAGGAGCUACUUUCGGAAGAGCAUCAAAAACAGGACGCCGAGCUCGGUGCGAUGACCGAUCCGGUCCUCCUUCAGCAAUUGGAGACCGAGAACGCGGCUCUCCUCGCCGAAUUUCAAGAACGGCUCGAGCAGGCUCAGCAAGCAGAGAAAUCGCUCUACGAGAUUGCUAGUCUGCAGGGAGAGCUGGCCGCACAUCUUGCCGAGCAGGCUGAGGUCACCGAGGCACUGUACAACGACUCUGUGGAUACGAUGGGUGUGGUGGAGAGUGCGAAUAAAGAGCUGCUGAAUGCGCGACAACGAAAUCGGCUGGCGAGCAAGAUCAUAAUAGCGAUGGCAUUAUUCUUGGCUUUUUUCUUGCUGUUUGUCGAUUACGCUACAAGUUAACGGGACAGAAAAAUAAAAGUCAAUCUAAUAUUUUGGGGAGAUGUACGAGCAAAGCAUCGGCAAAGAAGCAAAUAUAUUUACAAAGCAAGCAAACAAAGGAGAAAACCAAGAAAAAACACAAUAUAUGAACCAAUUUGACAAAAGAGACAAACAAUAACACGUCACGCCAUGAUAU